CCCCCCCGGCGUGUCCCUUCCACUACGCAACCCCCGCAUCCGCGCGCGCGAGCCGCCCCCACUAGCGCGUCGCCCACGCCGCCCAUGGAGAUCUCCGCCUCCGCCGCGGCGGCCACCUCCUGCCGGCCGCCCAGGCCGCUGCUCCUCCGCCCGAUCGCCUCGUCGUCGCCCCACCCCGCCACCACUUCCUCCUCCGCCACCGUCCGCCGCCGCCCGGCCACCUACUCGGCCACCGCCACGGUCCGCCGCCGCGCGCGCACCCGCCCGCGCACGGGGCGCUCCAAGCUCCCCGCCGACGCCGGCGGCGACUACUUCUCCGGAGACGACGGCGGCCCUGGAUUCGGAGCAUCCGGCGGCGGCAGCGGGGGACGAGGAGGAGGAGGAGGAGGGCGGUGGAGCUGGAACAGCGGCUUCGGGUCCGGGUCGGGCGGCCCCGGCGACUGGGAGCCCGACGUCCCCGCGCCCCGGAGGUCCGCAGCGGAGGCGGCGCUCGGGGUCGUCUACGAGCUCAUGUGCCUCAUCGCACUCUCCAACUGCACCCAGUUCGCCGUCCGCAGGCUCGCUGGCCUCCUCGCCGCGCGCGUCGCCGCGCUGCGGUUCAUCACCGCCGUCUGCUGAUCGCCCGUGGGGUUUGGUUUGCUACCUCUUCCGCCCGCCCGCCCGCCUGCCUGCCUGGAAACCGCUUCUGUAUAUAUGUAUGUGUCCGCCCCUGUGAUUUUAGGAGGUUUGGACCUUUGGGGGUUCAGGAUCUCCGCCUCUUCCUUGGUGCGCGCUUCGAGCGAUGAUGCCGGGAAAGGCAACAAAAUUCGUCGAAUUGAAAUGGAAGAACAAAUAAACAAGAACUUUUUUUUUCCAUUUGUUAUUGGACUCAAGAUCGAUUGCUUGACGCAAAUUAUGGUAGGAUGCAGCGUGAUGCAAUCUGCUGCUUGUGUAUAUUAGUUUGCUGUAAAUCAAAUUUCAGGAUACUGCUGCUGUUCAAGGUGUGCCUGAAAUGUUGCCUAUAUUAAAUUCUUUAGAAAUCAAAUGGCAAUUUAGUUGA